ACACGCAGCCGAGGCAGCUGGAAGAAAAGCUAACAACAAUGUGACAAAUGCUGAGAGUGUGUGUGUUCCACUACUCGAGGUGUUAUAGUCAUCAAACGGACCAACGUGGAAACAUGCCUUUUGCAUGCAGUCCAUAAAUGCGGACAAUAAUUUGCACCUUCACACGAGCUUCGACGGAACGGUGAUGGCAGUCUAAUUUCGCAGGGCCUCAUUGUGUUGUUCAGUAUACAUGGAUGAUGAUAAAUAGUGGAAGCAGUUGAGGCGUGCGUGCUGAGCCGGACCGGUGGCCCAUCCCGUGGCCAUGAAGUCGAGCCUGAAGCAGUGGCGGCGCCUGGCGCUAGGCCUCAUGCUGGCCUGGGUGCUGCUGUUCCUGGCCCUCUUCUCCUACUUCAUGGACUCGCGGGUGGAGGAGCCGCGUGCCGCCUCCACCCUGCUGGGCCACGCCGAGAGCCGGCGCCUUGCCUCGGUCAGUGGCAGCAUCCGCGGGGGCGGCGACGGCGGCCACCAGCACCACGUCAUCAUGGGCUCCCCGUGGCUCGAUCUCCAUCCGCGGGCCACCGCAUCGGCCGCAAGGGUCCCCCUGGCCUCCAUCUCCGCAACCACCACCGCCGCAGCUGCGUCCAAGGAGCAGAGGCCCGGCGCCAGCCUGGAGCCGGGGCAGCAGCCCCCCAGCCGCGAGCAGCUGAGCCGGGAGACGGCGUACUACUCGCCGGACCCCCAGAGCCUGGCGGCGUGGUCGGCAUUCGGCACGCAGGACGUGGGCUCCCGCUCGGCACCGCGCAGCCGUGAGAACCGCCUCCCGGAGGAGGACGAGGAGGAGGAGGAGUGGAGGCAGCAGCAGCAGGAGGAGGAGGAGGCCGGCAGAGAGGAGGUGGAGGAAGAGGAGGAGGAAGGAGAAGUGGUGGGCGGCAGGAGGAGGACGAGGAGGACGACCACGGCUGCCCCAGCCCGCGCCCCCGCCGCUGGCCGCUGGGAGGCCUCGGACGACCUGGAGGAGUACUACUUCUCCAAGUCCAAGUCGGUGGUCCAGCGGCUGUGGCAGGGCCGCGUGUCGGCCGGCAUGCUGAGCCCGCGCCUGCAGAAGGCCAUGAAGGACUACCUGAGCGCCAACAAGCACCGCGUAGCCUACGGUGGCACGCGGCAGGAACGCCGCAACGCCCAGCAGCUCAUGUGCCAGCUGAAGCGCCACGUGCGCGUGCGGACACUGGACGGCUCCGAGGCGCCCUUCUCGGGCUGGCGCUCGCUGGUGCCCAAACGGCCACUGGAGCGCCUCUACGGCUCAGGCUUCGGCUCCUGCGCUGUGGUCACGUCCGCCGGGGCCAUCCUCCACUCGGGCCUGGGCAAGGAGAUCGAUUCCCAUGAUGCCGUUCUGCGGUUUAAUGCUGCCCCCACAGUAGGCUACGAGCGGGACGUGGGGAACAAAACCACUAUACGCAUCAUCAAUUCACAGAUCCUUGCCAACCCCAAGCAUCAGUUUAAUAGCAGCUCGCUGUACAAGAAUGUUACACUGGUGGCUUGGGAUCCUGCACCCUAUGCAGUCAAUCUACACAAGUGGUACAUGAGCCCAGACUACAACCUGUUUUCUCCGUAUGUGGAGCACCGGAAGCACUUCCCAGCGCAGCCCUUCUACAUCCUGCACCCUCGCUUCAUCUGGCAGCUGUGGGAUGUGAUCCAGGGCAACACCCUGGAGAACAUCCAGCCCAACCCCCCCUCCUCUGGCUUCAUCGGCAUCCUCCUGAUGAUGGCGCUGUGUGAGGAGGUCCACGUGUAUGAGUACAUCCCGUCGGUGCGCCAGACGGACCUGUGCCACUACCACGAGCGCUACUUCGACGCGGCCUGCACGCUCGGUGCCUACCACCCGCUGCUCUACGAGAAGAUGCUGGUGCAACGCAUCAACACGGGCCCCGCACGCGACCUCAGGACCAAGGGCAAGGUCACACUUCCUGGAUUCAGCACUGUCCAGUGUGACCCCUGAACUCUUUGGCUUUGAAUGCUUCCUGGUCAGAUCUUUGUGAUUUCUUUGAUAAAUAAAAAAGAACAACAAAAACAUCCCUCUCUGCCAGACACAAAGAAUAUUUUAAAAAGUGAUUGAAGGCGCAAUACCCAACCACAUGAGAGGUGGAGGGACUCCUCUAGAUGGUGACUUCAUUCACAGACUUGAACGGCAGAGAUAAAACUAAAUGGUCUGCUUCCAUAGAAACUGGUUGCAUCUACUGAACUGAUUGGGGAGGGGGAGGUAUAGGGUUUCUUUUAGGUUAGCAAUAGAGUUGUCUUUAAGAAAGUGUUCUACUCCUGACUUUGGUGUUUUGCUGUCGUGUCUGUGUCCCGUGAGGUUGAAAGGAUUAAGGGUAUGUGAUGACCGAAGGCAGCGAACCAAGAAAGAAGAUGUCUGCAGCUGAUGGGUCUGAUCGUGUAGCUCAGACCUGACCUUAAAUAGAACUUGGUUACCAUGGUCUGUAGGGGAUGGGUUUUUGUGGUAUUUUAAACUGAAUGUCUCUCAGUCAUACCAUUUCAAACACACACACCACACUACAACACAACACAACAUAACACAAUGAGCAAAAAAGAAAAAACAACUGCCAGAGGCCUCAUAACAAAGUCUAACAUUAGACUGCAGCCAACAUUUCACCUUUUGUUUUCUUGCUCCAAUGGCUGAGUGUCCUUUACAAGACUUUGUGCACUCUCCCUAUCUGAUAAGCCCCUAGUGAGCAGAAGUGCAAUAUUGCCUGCGGGACUGAAGCCCCUUUGGCUUGAAAAGUGCAGCAGGCCAUACUCCAACUUGUUCAGCUGGCACUUUGUGUGAAAGCAGGGAGGAAGACCUAGACCUGUGUCUGAUUUAAGGACAGGAUUGUGGUCACAAAAGUGUCCAGACAUGUCAAGUCCCUAUGUUGUUUUAGGACAUUUUGUGGACUUUGCUGAUAUGUUGUUAUGGAGGCUCACAAGCCAUUUCAUGUGUCUUGAUAUGUUGAAAAUUGCGAUGGAAUUAUGGGAAAAUUCUCUUUUAACUGAAUGUCGUCCAUGAGUGAUGUAAAUAAUUUUUUUUUCUUUAGAGUGUAAAGCUAACUCUCUCACCUGCUGUUUUAGUGUGUUAUGAUAUGAAGUGUACUCGUGUGAGGAAAGAGGUUUGUUCUAGGUGUUUGGGGGUAGGAAGGGAAUCAACUGGAGUUUUUUUUUUGUAUUGCAGAUGUAUAUAGCAGUUCUUGUAAGCAUUCACUCAGGUGUACAAACCACUGCACAGCUCAACUUUGAUCAUGUCGUGCAGAUGUUUUUCUUUCUCCUUUUUCUCAUUAUCACUCUUUCUUAAAAAAAAAAAGACACUGACAGUAAAAAAAGAGAAAUCUUCAGCCUUCCGGGCCAAACCAGUGCCUGCACCAGGUGGGCAUUGUUCAUCUGAGGUUGGAUCAGGUGUAUUUAGGCCAGGUGGGCGUUGUUCACCUGAGAUCGGAUCAGGUGUAUUCAGAGAGGAGGCACUUAAACCAGCUCUACUAAAUGUAGUUUUCUCAAGCCACCACCAACGCUCCAGACUAAUCCUGAACCCUACUGCAUUCACCUUUACUUCCAUUUUGUUUUCUUCCAUUUCUAUUCCUUUUUCUGCAUGACUGUGAUGGCCAGAAGCUUGUUGAUGUAAUAAAGGGGAAUUAGGGGUAUGUGGAGAUGCAGUGGUUUAUAGGCUUUACGCCAGCAUAGCUCCAACAUCCGUCUUCCUCCGCGGAACAUCCCUCAACACCCCACGCUUUUCCCCAAUGGAAUGCCAACAGAUUGCCUUCUCUCAGUAAAUGUCAGAAAUAAAUUUUUUAUUAUUAUUAUUAUUAUUAUUAUUAUUUUUAAAGGAGACAAUUCUCACACAACAAUACAAUAUUAAUGCACAUUUCCUUGAAAUCUUUCUUUUGGUGUUGCUGCAUGAUACCUAAACUGUUUAAAGAGGACACAGCUAGGAAUGUGGUUUCCCAUGACAACAAUGCAAAUUCAUUAAAAGUAAUGUAUGUCACUUAGUGACAUUUUUAGACUACUAAAUAUAACAUGGUAGCAAAUUCCUGUAAUCCACAUGCAUAAACUUUUUUAGGUUGAUGAUACAACAAAACGACCAACUUACAAACCCUGGUCAUUGACUAAGAAUUACACAUUUUCAUUAAGCGAUCACUUAAGAUGUACUCCAAACAAUUUUAUAUGUCAAAAAACGUGUCUUUUAAGACUCGUGAAGAUUAGAAUUGCUGUUUUCAUAUGUUACUAGCAUUGUUGUGAUGGAUAAAGUUCAUUUUGUAAAACAAAAGACAAAAAAUAGUUCAUUGAAUUCAUAAUCAUAGUAAAAUGUGGAGAGCAUGCACUUGUUAGGAGGGCUGUAAAUGUUACUUCUUGAUCAGUGUUCUUGCUAUAUGGAAACAUAAUAAUCUUAGCAUAGAAGUACUUUCACAUGGCAAACCUGAAGUGGCUAGACAAGGCAUACAAACCACACCACUGCUUCCACCGAACCAUUACCCAACAAGGGUAGCACUGUGCCUUGCAGUGCCUGAUCAAUUUUUAUCAUCAGCUGUGUUAACCACAGUGUGUCCUGGAUUUAAUCUCCUCUUGCACGCCAUCUGUGUUUGCCUCAUUUGGACUGAAAUGACACCAGGUCCACUGCUGUAGGAUUUGCCGAAUUUCAAAAAAGCGACUGUAGCGCAGGACACCUAAACGACUCUGUUAGAUCCAUUGCACUGGAAGAUUACAAUUGAUCGUCCGAGUCUCUUUGGAGAGUUCCCUUUACCGACAGAACAAGGGAUGUAGCUCCAGACAUACAGCCAGAAACACACUUGAUCAAACCCAAUGCCGCUAUAGGCAGAGCAAAGGCGAUGAAAUCCUGAUACUGUGCCAAAUCGAUUGUUUUUGUUUACUGCUGUUGUUUUGCUGUUUUGUUUGCGGUGAAUACGGUGCUGUGAUACUGUAGUGACUUGGGCCAACUGCCAUCUGUGGAACACUCGUGAGCUCAUGAAGAGGUGACACAUGAAGGGUCACUGUCCAUGUUGGCCAUUUAAUCUACAUCUAAUGUACAAGCUCAGUCUCUCUCUCUCUCUCUCUCUCUCUCUUACUUUCUGUAUGUACCACUUAGCCUUGACAAAUUGUUUUUCCUUAAACUUUCUUUAAACUUCCUUAAACAUUGUUUUCCUGAGCUUACAUGUGAAACGUUUCAAAUACUUUAGAUGAAACAAAAACAAGUCCGUUCACGCUGUAAAGCCAUGGCAUCUUCUGUUGAUGUUGUCUCGUUUGAUUUAUGAAGUUCUCUUUUGUUAGACUUCAGUCAGUUUGUAAUUAAUAAUUUUCAGUAUGUUUGUUGUUUUAUAUUAUGUAAAUAAAGGGAUUGCACAUUGAAAA